AUGUCAGGUCCACUUGAUCGAUUCCCAAGGCCAUCUUUCACUACAGGUUUUGAGGGAUUAAUGAGCAGCGACGAGAAAAAGGAAAGAAAGUCAGACUUUGAGAAUUCUGAGGAUGAGAGGAGGACCAGAAUUGGUUCUUUGAAGAAGAAAGCUAUUAAUGCAUCUACAAAGUUCAAGCAUUCUCUCAAGAAAAAGAGCGGAAGGAGAAAAAGCGAUGGCCGAGUGAGCUCGGUCUCCAUUGAGGAUGUGAGGGAUGUCGAGGAGCUACAGGCCGUUGAUGCAUUUCGACAAUCGUUGUUGAUGGACGAGCUGCUUCCCAAUAGACACGAUGACUAUCACAUGAUGUUGAGGUUCUUGAAAGCGAGGAAGUUCGACAUUGAGAAAGCAAAGAACAUGUGGGCUGAUAUGAUUCAGUGGAGAAACGAAUUUGGCACUGACACUAUUCUUCAGGAUUUUGAUUUCGAAGAGAUUAGUGAAGUUUUGAAACAUUACCCACACGGUUACCACGGUGUUGAUAAAGAAGGCAGGCCGAUUUACAUUGAAAGGCUAGGGAAAGUUGAUCCUAACAGACUCAUGCAAGUUACAAGCAUGGACCGAUAUGUAAGAUAUCAUGUAAAGGAGUUUGAGAGGACCUUUAUGAUCAAGUUUCCUUCCUGCACAAUUGCUGCAAAGAAGCAUAUUGAUUCAAGCACAACUAUUCUAGAUGUUCAAGGAGUGGGAUUUAAAAACUUUAACAAGUCUGCUCGGGAGCUUAUCACACGAUUACAAAAGAUUGAUGGAGACAAUUAUCCUGAGACUCUCCACCAAAUGUUUAUUAUCAACGCAGGGCCUGUAUUUAGGAGUCUCUGGAGUAGUGUGAAAAGCUUUCUAGACCCAAAAACAUCAUCAAAAAUCCAUGUCCUUGGAUACAAGUACCAGACCAAAUUGCUUGAAGUGAUUGAUGUCAACGAGUUGCCUGAGUUUUUGGGAGGUGCAUGUACUUGCGAAGAUCAAGGUGGUUGCAUGCUUUCUGACAAGGGACCUUGGAAAAACCCGGAAAUUGUCAAGAUGGUACUUCAUGGGGGAGCAUAUCGGGCCAAGCAGGUGGUGAAAGUUUUGAACAGCGAAGGGAAAGUCAUUGCUUAUGCAAAACCUUCAUAUCCAUGGAUAAAGGGAAGUGACACUUCCACUGCGGAGUCAGGAUCUGAUGCUGAAGAUAUCGGGUCUCCAAAGGCCAUAAAGAGUUUCUCUCAUCUCCGCUUGACACCUGUUCGUGAAGAGGCAAAGUUAGCGGGUGAAACAAGCUUGACCGGUAGUUUUAUGGGUUAUGAUGAGUAUGUACCAAUGGUUGACAAAGCCGUCGACGCAGCCUGUAAGGUGAAACCCGCCGUCAAGAGAGUGGCCUCAAAAGGGGCUUUAAUGUCUCCCACUGUUCCAAAGGAUCCCGAAGGCAUCCAAACUCGAGUCCUAAUAACGUUCAUGACACUCGUGAUGGCCUUUUUCACAUUCUUCCGCACAGUACCUGUCCGUGUGAUCAAGAAACUUCCAGCAACCACUACUUCUUCACCAGAAACCGAAGGAAACGCAGCAGAAGUCGGUUCUAACGGUGAAGUAGAGUGUCGUCCUCCUUCUCCUGUACCAGAUCUCACAGAAGCCGAGCUCCUAACCUCUGUGAUGAAGAAGCUAACCGAGCUUGAGGGUAAAAUCGGGACUCUCGAAUCAAAGCCGUGUGAGAUGCCUUACGAGAAGGAGGAACUGUUGAACGCAGCCGUUUGCAGAGUAGACGCACUUGAAGCAGAGCUCAUAGCUACAAAGAAAGCGCUCUACGAAGCUCUGAUGAGACAAGAAGAGUUGCUCGCUUACAUUGAUCGUCAAGAGGAAGCUCAGUUCCAGAAGAUGAAGAAGAAGAAGAAGCAGAGGCAUCUCUUUUGCUUUUGA